AGUGAUAUACACCAUGACAAAAACCUCCUACACUCACUUCUGCUUUAUGCAUAGCAGAGGGGUGAACUCUAAGAAACAGCUGUUGAAGUUGGUCAGUGAUUAUUACAACAAUAAUUACAUGUCACAAUGGGGGAUCUGGGAAUGGAAGAACCAUCCAUCUCUGCAUGUCACAAUGGGAGAUCUGGGAAUGGAAGAACCAUCCAUCUCUGCAUGUCACAAUGGGAGAUCUGGGAAUGGAAGAACCAUCCAUCUCUGCAUGUCACAAUGGGAGAUCUGGGAAUGGAAGAACCAUCCAUCUCUGCAUGUCACAAUGGGAGAUCUGGGAAUGGAAGAACCAUCCAUCUCUGCAUGUCACAAUGGGAGAUCUGGGAAUGGAAGAACCAUCCAUCCCUGCAUGUCACAAUGGGAGAUCUGGGAAUGGAAGAACCAUCCAUCUCUGCAUGUCACAAUGGGAGAUCUGGGAAUGGAAGAACCAUCCAUCCCUGCAUGUCACAAUGGGAGAUCUGGGAAUGGAAGAACCAUCCAUCUCUGCAUGUCACAAUGGGAGAUCUGGGAAUGGAAGAACCAUCCAUCUCUGCAUGUCACAAUGGGAGAUCUGGGAAUGGAAGAACCAUCCAUCUCUGCAUGUCACAAUGGGAGAUCUGGGAAUGGAAGAACCAUCCAUCCCUGCAUGUCACAAUGGGAGAUCUGGGAAUGGAAGAACCAUCCAUCUCUGCAUGUCACAAUGGGAGAUCUGGGAAUGGAAGAACCAUCCAUCCCUGCAUGUCACAAUGGGAGAUCUGGGAAUGGAAGAACCAACCAUCCCUGCAUGUCACAAUGGGAGAUCUGGGAAUGGAAGAACCAUCCAUCUCUGCAUGUCACAAUGGGAGAUCUGGGAAUGGAAGAACCAACCAUCCCUGCAUGUCACAAUGGGAGAUCUGGGAAUGGAAGAACCAACCAUCCCUGCAUGUCACAAUGGGAGAUCUGGGAAUGGAAGAACCAACCAUCCCUGCAUGUCACAAUGGGGGAUCUGGGAAUGGAAGACCCAUCCAUCCCUGCAUGUCACAAUGGGGGAUCUGGGAAUGGAAGAACCAACCAUCCCUGCAUGUCACAAUGGGAGAUCUGGGAAUGGAAGAACCAUCCAUCCCUGCAUGUCAACAAGAUUAUAAGAAGAUAUCGUCUGAAAGGAAAUGAAUGUUGUCUUUCUUGUUGUGAUCAUCAUCAUCAUCAUCAUCAUCACCAUCAUCAUCACAACCAUCAUCAUCACAACCAACAUCAUCAUCAUAUCAAGACUGAAUCAUAUGGAUAGUACUUUAACUCAUGGAUUUGUAUUUGUAUUUAAGGUAUUUGUAUUUAUUAUGGAUCCCCAUUAGCUCUUCCUGGGGUCCGGCAAAAUUAAGGAAGUUAUUUGCCUUAUGUAGCCCCGCCCACUUGACCCAGUUCCAUUCGAACGCGAUUGUGUUUGUAUUUCCGUUUUGAACUACCUUCAAUGCUAGCGAAUGACCUCAGAGCGGUGGCUGGCUAAUAAUUAAAAAACGUGCAUCAUUAACACAUUUGAACAAAUAAACAAAAACCAAACAUGGCUCACAUUUGGGAACACACACAAAUGGCUCUUCGGGGUCAGAUGGUAUCACCGUACCCCAUCCAUCCAUGAUUAAUCAUUUGGUGUAGAAAUGACGUAUGGGGACAAUUUGAAUGACUUGGUGCUCUCCUUGGGAGCGGAUGGUUCCACUAUGAAAAAGGACUAUCAGUACCUCCACGGUGGUAAGGUGGGCCGAGUUCUUCUUCACCAGGAGGAGGGAAAAGGAUUGGUCAUUUUUGAAGGCCGAUGUUGAGCCCAGCCAAUCAAUCAGCUCCUACCACCCUGCUUGGGAACUUGUAUCCAACAAAGGAUCAGUAGAGACGGCUGGAUGUCCUUGCAUCGCUGGCCUUGGAAAGUCAUGCAGCCUCCAUUUUGUGGAAGGCAGGUGCAGAAUGCGGUGCCCAGUGGGCUAACUGGCAUAACCUGCACAGAUAAGCAGCGACAAUGGAAUGCAGGGACUCAGAGGAACCUUGAGCCAAAGCGGAUAAACAGCAUUGACUUCACACACCACAAGGCCAGUGACCAACAUGCAGAAAAGCGUCCAGAAUGUC